CUAUUUUGACUUUUCUUUUUUAUUUCUAUAGAGUUAGUAGUAUUUACUUCUAUAGUACUUCUUCAAUCAUCCAUUCAAACAAUGUGAACUAUGUUUAAUAUGAUAACACUGCGGCAUAAAUGAUGAUUUUUCGUGUUUCUCAUCUUGGAAAACGAUGUUGUAAUAUCGGCAGACUUCAGUUUGCAUCUCUCAGCAUUUUACACCCAACUUCAAAAUGUACUUCAAUAUCUCAAACCUCAACUCUCAAUAAAACACUCAUUAGAUUCCACUAUGAUGAAACAUUUGAGACAAAGAACUUGAAAUCUGAUAGAGUUAAAAAGAUAGACACAAGUACUGUUAUCUUCCCAACAGUAAAUGAUGUCAUUUCGAAACCUUUAAAGAAUGAACAUGUUCCUGAGUUACAAGGUUCAACCUGGGUAAAGAUAGACACAAAAUGGCACCAGUAUCCCAAGAUAUAUAUGUCUCUUUCAAAAUGGUAUUUAACAUUGUUUGUUGUCAUGACUGCUGAUGCAGGAUACUGUCUUGCUCCCGUCACUUUUGAUCAUCAUUUAUUUUUUUUUGCCACUAUGGGUACUCUACUUUGCUCAUGUGCAGCGAAUACCUUCAAUCAAAUUGCAGAAGUGCCAUAUGAUGCACAAAUGGACAGAACAAAGAAUCGUCCUCUAGUUCGCAAUGUUAUAUCUCCUCUCCAUGCAACUAUAUUCGGGAUUUCAUCUGCUAUAGCUGGAGUGUCUUGCUUAUAUUAUGGUGUCAAUGGUCUUACAGCAGCGCUUGGUCUUUCUAAUAUUAUAUUGUAUGCUGCAAUAUACACUCCAUUAAAAAGAAGACAUUGGUUGAAUACUUGGGCCGGAUCUAUUGUUGGUGCAAUUCCUCCUAUUAUGGGAUGGACAGCUGCAACAGGGUCAUUAGAUCCAGGUGCUUUUAUUCUGGCUGGAAUUCUGUACUGUUGGCAAUUUCCACAUUUCUUCGCAUUGGCUUGGAGGAGAAAAGGAGACUAUGCCAGAGGAUCCUAUCAUAUGUUACCCCUUUCUCACCCUGAAGCCACUAAAGCAGUAGUUUUGGGUCACUCUCUUGCACUUUGUGGGUUAUCUCUUGCCGCACCAUUCACCGGGGUUACUUCAUGGGCAUUUGUUGCAAUGGCAGCUCCUUUCAAUGCCUGGUUGAUGAAGGAAUCUAUUCAAUUUUACAGGAAAGGAAACAGUAACAGUGCUUCAAAACUCUACAAAUGUAGUUUGUAUUAUUUACUUGCCGUCUCACUGGGACUCGUAAUUGACAGAAAAGUUAUAUCUAGAUUAAAGAAGAAAAAUGUUGGAGAAUUAAGUUGAAAUCAAUGAUGCUCAUUUUAGAAUUGCAUUACAGACAUCAAAUGUUUUCAUUCUUUAAAUUAAGUUCCAAUGUGUGCUUUUUGUCUUAUUCUCACAUGAGCAAAUAUAUUUGCUUCAGUGUUUUGA